UCUUCCUCCAAACCUUUCCGAACUCCGGAGUCGCAACAACUCUUCCACCACGAUAAGCCCUAAUCGCCCGCCAGUUAGCCACCACCACCUCCAUGGCGACCACCUCCUUCCAUCCGCUCGCCACCCCGAUUGCCGGCGGCGGCGCUCGCAUCCGUCGCUGCCCGCUCUCCCUACCCGUUCCCGCCCGCACGGCGCCCCGGCGGCCGGCACCGCUCCUCGUCGUCCGCGCCAAGCGCGCCGGCAGCCGGCCCCCCGCCGCCGCCUCGCGGCAGCCCGUGAACCCCAGCGCGGUACCAAAGCGGGAUGCCGAGGAGGAGGUGGAGGAGGUCGAGGAGGAGAUGCCGUGGAUCCAGGACAAGGCGCUGGACCUCGUGGAGUUCACCGGCACCGUCACGCAGGCCAUCCCGGGGCCCCGCGUCGGCUCAAGCCCCGUGCCGUGGCUCCUCGCCGUGCCGCUCGCCUACGUCGGCGUCUCGUUCGUGCUCGCGGUCGUCCGCACCGUGCGCAGGUUCACCUCCCCGCGCUCUAAGAAGAAGCGAAGGGUGGGUAAGAAUAUAUUCUUGUUGAAGUCACUAGAUGAGCUGUUCCAGAAGGGCAGGGAGGCAGUAGAUUAUCCUUCUCUCCAAGAUCUCAUGCAGAAGACAGGAUUUGACAUGGACGAUGUAGUAAGAAAGUACAUCCGGUACACACUGAAUGAAAAACCCUUCAAUCCUGAUGUGGUUGUGGAUCUUAUACAUCUUAGAAAGGCAUCAAUGCUUGAAGAUGCAGAAGUUGCUGAAAUUUUGAAUGAGAUCUCAAGACGAAUUGUUCGAGAAAAAGGGCCAGUAGUUAUGGACUUAUCUGGGUUUACAGAACAAGGUUUUAAGCGGAAGCUUGCUGUACAAGCUUUGUUUGGAAAAAUCCUUUACUUAUCGGAGCUUCCGGAGUUCUGUUCACGGGACAGCUCACUUGUUGUCAAAGAAAUCUUUGGAGUUACAGAUGAGGAUGCAGAAAGUAUUCGAAUUCACACCCUCUCUGCAACCGGUGAUAUCGAAUCUAUACAAAAGAUGGUCGAUGAUCUAGACAUUGGACAGGGUCCCUCGUCAUCAGCUUGAAUGAUGGUGAUGGAAUAAUGCUGAACACCUUCGUUGAUAGUAUUGCAACUUUAGCGUGAUGUGAGUUUCUCCGGCCUUUUUCGUCUAGAUUGUUUUCAGCCGUUGAAGUAGGAGUUGAGCAGAGGACAGGGUACUUUGGCUGGAAGUUUUGUAAAUUGCCUUGCGAUUAGGCCAGUAACGUCUGGCUGUGUCUCAGACCUGCCCAUGACUUUGAGGAAACAAGAAAGUUGAAUUGUAGCAAUGAGUUUAUAGAAAGCGGGAAUGUUAUUGAAAUUUACUCCAUUUUGUUUU